CGAGCGGGGGCGGGCGGCGGAGGGCGGGGUAGCGGAGCUGCUCUUAGCGCCCGCUCGGACGCCGUGGCGCUCUGUUUCGCCGCUGGGGUGGCUGUGAAGUCACACCGUCUCUCUUCUCCCCGUGAAUAAGAAUAAAAGAAUCUGGAAAAGUUGGGAGAAAAUAAAGCAUAUUCAGUUUCCAAACCAGGAGAUCGACAAAGUAGGUAAGCCCUGGGUAGGGCCAUAAAGAUGUGACCACCUAAUCUGGGUGGUGACACCACUUGAAUUUUCCCAGACUUACAGAUAACUCACUAGAAAUCUUGGAGCAAGUCAUCAGACUCUUUAAUGUGGAAAUGCAUAAUUUUGAGGAUGAGUUAACGUGUCCCAUCUGUUACAGUAUUUUUGAAGAUCCUCGUGUCCUACCAUGUUCUCAUACAUUUUGUAGAAAUUGCUUGGAAAAUGUUCUUCAGGCAUCUGGUAACUUUUAUAUAUGGAGACCUUUACGAAUUCCACUCAAGUGCCCUAACUGUAGAAGUAUUAUUGAAAUUGCUCCAACUGGCAUUGAAUCUUUACCUGUUAAUUUUGCAUUAAGGGCUAUUAUUGAGAAGUACCAGCAAGAAGACCACCCAGAUAUUGUCACCUGCCCUGAACAUUACAGGCAACCCUUAAAUGUUUAUUGCCUAUUGGAUAAAAAAUUAGUCUGUGGUCAUUGCCUUACUAUAGGUCAACACCAUGGUCAUCCUAUAGAUGACCUUCAAAGUGCCUAUCUGAAAGAAAAGGACACGCCUCAAAACCUGCUUGAACAGUUGACUGACACACAUUGGACAGAUCUUACUCGUCUUAUUGAAAAGCUGGAAGAACAAAAAUCUCAUUCUGAGAAAAUGGUCCAAGGUGAUAAGGAAGUUGUUCUCCAAUACUUUAAGGAGCUUAGUGAUACAUUAGAACAGAAAAAAAAAUUUUUCCUAACAGCUCUCUGUGAUGUUGGUCAUCUGAUUAAUCAAGAAUAUACUCCACAAAUCGAAAGAAUGAAAGAAAUGAGAGAGCAGCAGCUUGAACUAAUGACAGUGAUAACGUCUUUACAAGAAGAGUCUCCACUGAAAUUUCUUGAAAAAGUUGAUGAUGUUCGCCAACGUGUGCAGAUCUUAAAACAAAGACCACUUCCUGAGGUCCAACCUGUUGAAAUUUAUCCUCGAGUAAGCAAAGUAUUAAAAGAAGAAUGGAGCAGAACAGAAAUUGGACAAAUUAAGAAAGUGCUCAUUCCUGAAAUGAAAAUUUCUUCAAAAAGGAUGCCAUGUUCCUGGCCUGAUAAAGACGAAAAAGAAGUUGAAUUUUUUAAAAUUUUAAACAUUGUUAUAGUUACACUAAUUUCAGCGAUACUGAUGUUGAUACUCUUUUUCAAUCAACACAUAAUAACCUUUUUAAAUGAAAUCACUUCAAUAUGUUUUUCUGAAGUCUCUUUAUCUGUUUACCAAAGUUUAUCUAACAAUUUGCAUAAUUUAAAGAAUAUACUAUGUCGCGCUUUAGAGAUGUUGAAGGAAUUUAUGUGGAAAGUAGUUUCUGAUUGAAAACUUAAAUCCGAAUUAUUUAAAUGGGCUUAUUCUGUAUGGCAGAAACUAACCAUUCCUAAGUGGAGAUGUAGGGGUACCAUGGUCAAAUAAGUAGCAAACUAAGCUUUAUUAGGGUUGCAACAAAUAAUGUUUUCAUGUUUUUGUUGGUUAGAAAUAUGCCAAAAUUAGAAAUGAGGCCAUAUCAAGUCUUUAUUAGAAAGCAAUAAAAUCUAAUAAUCGCUUGAUUUGAUAUUAAUACAUUAUCCCAAUUUUCUUAGCUUCAUAGAAGUUAGCUGGAUGUUACUGUGACAUUUAAACAUUCUUGUACCAAUAUUCUUUUACCAUUAUUGUAUACUACAGUUAGUUAGCUUUGCAGUUCUUUCUGUAGUUUUUAGGUUAAAGGAUGACAAAAAGAUGUAAAGUAUGUAAUUUGAUAAUGGCUUGAAACUUUGGGAUGAGUGAAUAAGGAUGGUCAAGAGAUUUUAAAAUGGAGCAAAGCCUAAAUGUGGUAAGGCAUCAUUAGUAGUAGAACCUCUGUAAGUUGACCACCCAAGGGACUGUUACCAAUAUAUGGAGGUGGUGAGCAUAAGGAACUGGGCCUGCUGUACUGAUAUGUAUAUGGAUGUAGUGCAUGUCUGGUCUAUGAAAAUUAGGUCAACUUGAGUCGGUCAACUAUGGAGGUUCUACUGUAUUUCAAUCAACUGUAUCUUGUCCGUAUCUAUUUUAGAUAAUUUAAGAGCCAUAAAAUAUUAACAUUCAUUCCAAAUAAAUCUAUUAUUGCUUUUGGAUAACACAGCAGCAUUUUUUAAUACUUGUCAUAUUUCAUGAUUUGUUACCAAACAAGUUCAAAACUCUUUACUUCUCUUAACAGGGAUUGUAGUUAUGAUACUUGUGGUAGGUAAACUUUUGGGCUCAUUAUCCACACAACCCUAAGGAUAAGCUGACUUGCUUUUCAGAAAUCCCAAAUGGGCUGCCUUACCUAUUUCAGAAAGACAUUCCAGGUCAGAUUAGGGAAUGCUCUUGGACAAACAGAUUAUGUAAGUAAACUAUCAUGAAUAAACAAUGGAUUUAUUUAGGGCACUAGUAAGUUCCUAUCCGCUGAGAGUAAGUCUUAACACUUAGAUACUCAAUUGUCAGUUUGACUAGAAUCAGACUAUAUCUAGCACAGUUAACUAUUGUACAAAGAACAUUUGAAGGGCAUAAUGGAGGUGACAGGAGGUAUAGUCAGCUAUUAAAAUAGAAAUAAAAAUAUUAACUUUAGACUGAAGUUAGUGAUUUUACUUACAACUUUAGUCAUACCAUGAAAGGGCCCUGUGCUUUUGAAUAAAUGCAAUUAGUAAGCAAUGAAAUAUUAGCCAUUAUGUGUCAAGCAUUUAUCUCACAUAUAUAUUUUUAACCCCUCCUUUUUGUAGAUGUGGAAGAGUCCAUGCUUUUGCUUUUAAAAAGCUUCAUGCUAUAGUAACUACACCUUUAAAGGAUCUAAAUAGGCACUAUUUGACACUAUUUUUCAACUUGCCAAUUUUUAGUAAACUUUUUUGACAAAUUGUAUGAAAUAUGCUUUAAUAGAGUACACAAGUGAUUCUUACACAUGCUGCUGUUUUCUAUUUUUGCCAGGAUGAGAUUAUAUAAAGUAUAUAAUCUUGAAACAUUUCUAAGUUUUAUGUGUUAGAAAAGUAUAUAUUUUAAUAAACUGGUUUUGGUAUUUUAAUUUGUAUUGAGUGGCUUAAAGACACUCAACGUCAGUAGUAGCUUUGGAAUUUUUGUAUGCGUACUGGGUAUUUUCUAUUAUAACUCCUUAAAACAUAGCACUAAGCUCUGUUGUAUUGGUUAUUAAAAUAAAAAUUCCGUAUACUCCUCUCACCAAUGAAAAUGAUGAAGCAUUUCUUACACUUAUAUCUUCUUGAUUUAAACGAAACAACACAUGCUUGAAUUUUAACUCUUGCUUUAUUUAAGUCCAUGCUACUAAUGUUUACAUUUUUAUGGCUAUAUUAUGAUACAAACUUUUUUUGGAGACAGGGUGUCUGUUGCCCAGUACAGUGGCAGUGGCAUCAUUAUUGUUCAGUGUUACCUCAAACUUUUGGGCCAAGUGACCACACCUGACUUUUUUUGUAGAAAUGGGGGGGGGGCAAGGAGGGAGUCUUGAUAUGUUGCCCAAGCUGGUUUCCUGUUUCGGCCUCUCAAGUAUUGGGAGUACAAAGGUGUAACCCAUUGCACCCAUACCUGAUGGACUUUAAUACCUACACAAUGGCCCACUGCAUAAUGAAGCAAUUAACUCUUAAUUCCUUAGGCUAAAUACCUACAAAUUAAAUACCGCAAAAGACUUGAUUCAAUACCAAAAUUCCUAUGGAAACCAAGUGGUGUCAAUCGACUUCCAGUUGCGUUCUAACAUUUUUUGAGCCAAUACAGUAUAAACAAUUGAAUAGGCCAACAACACUCAAGACACCUUACCUUUCAUUACUAAGGAAGUUAAACCCCACAUACAUACGCUUCUUGAUUUACAAUGGGUCAAUGUCCAGAUAAAAUUAGUAAGUUUAAGAACCUCUGUUUUAUUCUUAGGAGGCAACUACACAGGAAUAUUUUUCAAAUUAGAAUAUAGGCUAGUCAUGUUCAGACACUGCUUUUGUUUACUGGCCCUCUUGUAAGUAUAAGUUUCAAGUGGUCAAAUAUACCAAGUUUUAGAAAAACAUACUUGUGUUCCCAUUAUUUGGGUAAUAAAAAUAGAUCGUCUAAAUUAGCAAAUUAAGUGGGAGGCCUUAAGAAUUUAUCAAAAAUUAUAAUAGUUGGCAGGCUUUCACCUAUUCCAGUGUAGGUGAAAGGUCCAUGAAGGUAUGAGCCUUGG